AUGAGGCCGUCGCUGCUGAAGUCCACGGCCGAGCUCCUCCGCCGCAGCCGCGGCUACGCGUCCUCGGCCAACCCGGAGCGGAAGGUGGCCAUCCUGGGCGCUGCGGGCGGCAUCGGGCAGCCGCUCUCGCUCCUCAUGAAGCUCAACCCGCUCGUCUCCUCCCUCUCCCUCUACGAUAUCGCCGGGACACCCGGCGUCGCGGCCGACGUCUCCCACAUCAACUCCCCCGCCCUGGUGAAGGGGUUCAUGGGGGACGACCAGCUUGGGGAGGCGCUGGAGGGCUCCGACGUCGUCAUCAUCCCCGCCGGGGUGCCCAGGAAGCCCGGCAUGACCAGGGACGAUCUCUUCAACAUCAACGCCGGCAUCGUUAAGGGGCUCUGCACUGCCAUCGCCAAGCACUGCCCCAACGCUCUUGUCAAUAUGAUAAGCAACCCUGUCAACUCCACUGUCCCGAUUGCGGCGGAGGUUUUCAAGAAGGCUGGUACCUAUGAUGAGAAGAAGCUGUUUGGUGUGACUACCCUUGAUGUUGUUCGCGCUAAAACUUUUUAUGCUGCAAAGGCGGGUGUGCCAGUUACUGAGGUGAAUGUUCCUGUUGUUGGGGGCCAUGCGGGUAUUACUAUUCUGCCACUCUUCUCACAGGCCACUCCUGCAAGCAAUUCAUUGUCCCAAGAAGACAUUGAGGCCCUCACCAAGAGGACACAAGAUGGCGGGACGGAGGUUGUUGAAGCAAAGGCUGGAAAGGGAUCUGCAACAUUGUCCAUGGCAUAUGCUGGUGCUGUUUUUGCGGAUGCAUGUUUGAAGGGUCUGAAUGGAGUUCCGGACAUUGUAGAGUGCUCUUUUGUGCAAUCAACUGUGACAGAGUUGCCGUUCUUUGCCUCCAAGGUACGGCUCGGCAAGAAUGGAGUGGAGGAAGUGCUUGGUCUGGGUGAGCUCAAUGACUUCGAGAAGAAGGGGCUGGAAAACCUCAAGGGCGAGCUCAAGUCUUCCAUUGAGAAGGGUAUCAAGUUCGCCCACGGGAACUAG